GUGCCGAGGGCGACGUGGAGCUUUAGGUACAAAGUCGGGACGCUUUCCCUUCCGUCUAGCGAUGCGUCCCUUUGAGCUUCUCGGGCUUCAGCUUGUGCUCGCGAACACACGGCCAUCAUGCUGUCCCGACGCCUCCUCUGCUCCCUGCUCGCCCUUGCGGGACCGACCUCCGCCGACCUGACAACCACCCUCACCACCGGGCAAUGGGGUGUCUGGGAGGGCUGGGGCACCUCGCUGGCCUGGUGGGCGGUAGCCUUUGGCGACCGCGACGACGUGGCUGACCUCUUCUUCUCGCGCAACACGAUCAAUUUCAACGGCCAGUCCGCCCCCGGACUCGGGUUGAAUAUUGUGCGAUACAAUGUCGGCGCCGCUAGCAACAAGCCCGCCAACGGGGUGUCCAUGGUCACAAAUCCUGCCAUGAUUCCUAGCCGUCUGGUCGAGGGCUACUGGCUCGACUGGAACAGCGCCGACCCAAUGUCAAACAGUUGGGAUUGGUUCCGUGACGCCAACCAGCGCAACAUGAUGUGGAAGGCGCGGGACCGUGGUGUCAAGGUCUUCGAACUCUUCUCGAACAGUCCACCGUUCUGGAUGCUUACCAAUAAAAACCCAGCGGGCGCUGACAACGGGAAGAACGACAAUCUUCAGGCCUGGAAUCACAAUGACUUCGCCAUCUACAUGGCAACGGUGUCCAAGUACGCGCGCGACAAAUGGGGCAUCAACUUCCAGUCGAUCGAACCUUUCAAUGAACCUUCCGCAGAUUGGUGGAACGCCAAGUCGGGCACGCAGGAGGGCUGCCAUUUCGACGUCAAGACACAGACGACCGUUAUUAAUAUGCUGCGUGCCGAGAUGGACAAGCGUGGGCUGCAGGACCAGAUGAUCGCGGCGUCGGACGAAAACAGCUACGACGGCGCCACGUCGACCAUGCGGUCGCUCAUCUCCUCGGGCGCGGCUGCCAAGAUAGGGCGCGUCAACGUCCACGGCUACCAGUACGGCGGCGGCGACCGGCAGAAGCUGUACGAGACGGCCACGGGCGCGGGCAAGCGGCUGUGGCAGAGCGAGUACGGCAGGGGUGACGAUUCGGGCGCCGAUAUGGUGUCCAACAUGAUCCUCGACUUCCGCUGGAUGCGCCCGACCGCUUGGGUGUACUGGCAGCUGAUCGACGGUGGCGGCUGGGGCACGGUCGACGGCGACAACAACGCCAAGCGCCUGGGCGCCGUCAACCAGAAGCACUACGUCCUCGCCCUCUUCACCCGCCACAUCCGGCCCGGCAUGAUCAUCCUCGACAGCGGCGAGUACAACGUGGCGGCCUACGACGCCGCCGCCCGCAAGCUCGUCAUCGUCGCCGUCAACUGGCAGAACGACCAAUACCUUAACUUCGACCUGUCCCGCUUCAGCCGGCCCGGCUCCGACGGGGCGCUGGUGCCGCGCUGGAGCACUAUGAUCGGCUCCGGCGAGCGUUACGUCCAGUACAGCGACACGCGCAUGGUCGGCAGCAAGUUCUGGUCGUUUUUCCGGAAGAACCAGGUGCAGACGUUUGAGAUUAGCAAUGUUUCGUUGUAGAUACUUUGACAAUUUUACCCCCUUUCCGCACCCCG